AUGAGUCGUGAAUUUAAUCUUCUACUCCCGCCCAGCGUGCACAAAGAUGCCGUCUGUAUAAAUCAACAGGGCGACGUCCAUUGUCCGCUUGCACAAGAAGUUGAGCGAAGGGCCCGAUUCCGACGCGGCAAUGGUCGCGGUGUCGGGAAAUCGCUCGAUCCCUCGAGGCUGCGGCGCGCGAGAGGCGAUCUGAAAAACACCGUCAUCACGAGCGGGGAGCGGACGAAAAUGGCCGUGUUAAUGGUGUUUGUUCGU